CAGCAAAAAAAAAUGGAAACAACUCCUCAAAACGAGCACAAUGAGCAUCAACAGCAGCAACACGCUGGUCACGUGGAAGACGUGCUUUUGCCAAAAGAGCCACAAGCAGUUCGAGUCGUUGAAGUUGUUGAGGAUACGGAUCAUUCGUUCGAAUUGAACACCGAAUUACUCGAGAAAAUCCUGUUGGACCCGAAAGUCGCCGAUAAAAAGGUUGCCGUAAUCGGAGUUGCCGGUGCAUAUCGUAAAGGAAAAUCCUUCCUUUUAAACUUUUUCCUUCGUUAUUUGACAUGGAGAUCGAAAGCUGAUAAGGUUAUGGGAGAAGUGGAACUCGACAAUUCUCAAUGGAUGUCGCCAAAUUCUCCAUUAUCCGGAUUCUCGUGGCGUGGUGGAAGUGAACGUGAUACUAAUGGAAUACUUAUUUGGAGUGAACCAUUCAUUAUGAAGGAUAAAAAUGGAGAGGAGAUUGCCGUUCUCCUUAUGGACACACAAGGAGCAUUUGAUUCACAAUCGACUGUCAAGGAUUGUGCUACGAUUUUCGCACUUUCCACUAUGAUUUCCAGUGUUCAGAUCUACAAUCUGUCGCAAAACAUUCAAGAAGACGACCUACAACAUCUUCAACUUUUCACCGAAUACGGACGUUUGGCAUUAGAAGAUUCAGCCUCAAAACCCUUCCAAUCGCUUCUUUUCCUCGUUCGUGAUUGGUCAUUCCCGUAUGAAGCGGAAUUCGGAUUUCAAGGAGGGCAACGUGUACUUGAUAGACGUCUUGAGGUGUCCGAAAAGCAGCACGCGGAGCUCCAACAACUUCGUCAGCACAUUCGUUCGUGUUUCGAGGAUAUUCGAUGCUUCUUGAUGCCUCAUCCCGGCCUUAAAGUUGCCACAAAUCCGAAUUUCGACGGAAAACUCGUUGAUAUCGAGAAUGAAUUCCAGCAACAACUCGGCGUAAUGAUCCCAAGGCUUUUGGAUUCACACGCUCUCGUUCAUAAGGAGAUUAACGGUCAAAAGAUGACGUGCCGGGAGCUUCUCGAGUACUUUAAGGCUUAUAUGCACAUUUUCAGAGGCCAAGACCUCCCGGAGCCAAAAUCCAUGUUAAUGGCCACUGCCGAAGCGAACAACUUGGCCGCUGUCGCCUCUGCUCGUGCAGUUUAUCAACGAGAAAUGGAAGAAGUUUGUGGUGGAGAUACCCCAUAUAUGUCUACAAAUGAGCUCUUGGAGCAUCAUGAUCGAGUGAAGAAUAUCGCGAUUCGCGAGUUUAGAAAUGCUCGGAAGAUGGGCGGUGUGGACUUUUCGAUGCAAUUCUUGGAACGGUUGGAAUCUGAUUUGCAGGAAUCAUACGAAAACUAUCUGAAAGUGAAUAACGGAAAGAAUCUGUUCAAAUCAAUGCGUACUCCGACAGUUUUGGUCACCUUGAUGAUAAUCGACUACAUUUUCCAAGAGUUCUUCCAAUUAAUCGGACUCGAUUUCAUUGCCGGCCUCUGCUCUUCAGUACUCUGUCUUGUGAUUGGAGCUCUCGGCGUCUGGGCUUAUUCUCGUUAUUCUGGACAUCUUCGUGAGGCUGGUGGAUAUAUUUUCCGAAUUUCUCCCAAAAAAACUACAGUAACCCUCUCCCGUUUUAAAGGUUGACGACGCUGUGACAUAUGUUUGGACCAAUUUCAUCUCGCCAAAUGCUAAUCACUUGGGACCACUUGGCGGUGCGAUUCAAAUGGGAGAAGCUCUCGGAGCAGGAAAUCGAACUGCAAAUGCGACGGCGGCCCCCGGAGCCGCUGAUGGACUCAGAAAACGGCAUUAGAUCAAUUAUUGCUUUUUCCACUGAAUUUCUCCCCUCAAAUGACCAAUUUCUUCUCGUUUUCCCCAUUUUUUUCCUAAUUUUUUCGACCCCAAAACUCCUCAUUUCUAUUGUACUUUUUCUCCUCAGCCAACAUACUCUUUUUUUUUUCGUUAUUCCUUCAUGUGUGUGUGUGUAUUUAGAGUUUAAAUGAAAUACAAGUAACUUUAAUUGAAA